AUGGCCGUCGACGUUAUCUCAAGUGUCCUCUCCACCAACAGCAAGUCUGCUGCGACACGCCGACAGUCCGACAAGUUUGAGGAACUCAUCCUGACGAUGAAGAAGGUCCUUGGCCCCUCUUCAGGACUGACCUCGGACGACGUCGACGUUGGCUCGUUGACCGAGCUGAUGCUCAACUAUGAUAGCAAUCCUAGGGAAUGGUCCAAAUAUGCCUAUGGUGACGCCGGCCGGGGAUACACUCGCAACCUCGUCGACGAGGGCAACGGCAAGAGCAACUUGUUGGUGCUCGUAUGGUCUCCCGGAAAAGGGAGUCCCAUCCACGAUCAUGGCAAUGCUCAUUGCCUGAUGAAGAUCCUGCGCGGUACUCUGACCGAAACCCGCUACGCCUUUCCUGAAGACGAUGAUGAGGAGGGACCAAUGACUGUCAUAUCUGAGAAGACAUAUAAAGAAAAUGGUGUCACCUAUAUGGCCGACGAACUUGGCUUGCACCGCGUGGCCAAUAGGGGCAGCGACUUUGCUGUGUCCCUGCACUUGUACACUCCCCCGAAUGUUGCCAAAGAGGGGUGCCGUAUCUUCAAUGAGAAGACCGGCAAGAGUAGCCAUGUGCCCGGAUGCCAUUACUACUCGGCGUAUGGUCGCCUUCUGAAGCAGUAG